AAACUGUUGACUCCGACAUUUUUAUUACGUAAACUUGACCCAAGCGGAACAACUUUACGUUGGUGAAAUGUUCCCUCACGGACGUUGCAUGGCGUAACAUCCGAGAUUAGCAAGGGUCAUCUCCAUGAGUAAAUACUGGAACAUCGGUGCAUUCUUUACAAAUACGGGACAAAACCUCACCCACUGACACAUGUGGAGACAACAUGGCAGCAGAGACUUCAAGAAGUGCUCACCGCCUCCAAGAUGACAGUUAUUCCACCGCGCCGGAGGUUAGUUCGCCACAUAAACAGCAUGCACAGUCAAAAACAAAGCAAAAGAAGAAAUCUGCAAAGAAAAAAGCAACCAGUAGCCCUGAGGUACCUCCAGAGAAAAGUGCAACUGAACUGAGUCAACAAGCAGCCGAGAACACAGAGCUGAGUGCAGAAGAACAGUUUAAAAGGCAACUGGACUGGUGUAUUGAGCAACUGGAACUGGGAAUGAAGUCACAAAAGGCCACUCCAAAGCAGAGGGAAGACGCGUCUCAUGCGCUCAAAACACUACGCAGCUCCAAAGCUCCCAUGGUCAAGAAGAGGCAAGCGAUGAGGGCCAUGGCGGGAGAUUACAGGAAAAAAAUGGAGGAAGAGAAGAGCAAGCAGUUCAAACUCAUCCAGAGUGAACUUAAAUCCGCUCAGGUCAAAGUAAAGUCAGAGUCACCCAAAAAAUCGGUUUUCCAUCGGAGAGCUGAAGCCAAACAGAGCCAGGCCUCAGAGGGGAACCGGACGCCGACUGAAGUUCAAGAUACAAACCUGAAGACUCUUCCAGAAACGUCUACCUUUGUGUUCGCUGCGUCAAAACAGGAGUUUCGUUUCAACUUUUUAUCAUUUUGAACUCUUGACAAAAUGUUGUAACAAAUACAAUAUUUUGACCCUGUCAUGAAGCUAAAUAAGGUAACCAGAAAAUCCAUUUUUUUGUAGCUUGUCCUUUGAAAUGUGGGUAGACAAGCUGAAGAAAACAUGGGAAAAACACGCAAACGCCACAUGGAUUCUAACCCAAGACCUUUCGACUGUGAGGCAGACAUGCUAACCACCAUGCUGCCCUAACCAGAACAUAAUAAACAUACUUUUUAAUGAU